GCCAGGCACACUCGAGUGCAACCCGGCUCCAAAUGGCGGCCAACGUAUCCGCUGGUGUGUGGAUGGACACAAGCUGGAGUCUCAUGCAGAGAAGCUGAUCAGUCCGGAGUUUGAGCUCAAGGUAGGUCGCGAAACCCAGCCUUUUCGGCUCAUGGUCCUGGCUACAGAAACUGGCGGCCGGCAUGGUGCAGGCUUCAAGAAGGCCAAAGGCCGCAGCUUUCUUGAGAUGAAAUGUCUAGGCUCCUUAGAGGGCGCGCCUGCAACAUCCAUGCUCGUGACCGCUGGCACGGGGAGCCGAAAGCAGAAAGCACGAGAAGUUGUGAAGCAUAGCUUUGCGGACAAAAACUGCUGCCCUUUACCGAAAGGCCCAGAUCCAGUUUGGGAUCUGAAGGCCUCGCUCUGUAAAGAAACCAAGUCGAUUGAUAUCUGUGUAGAGGUACUUCCGUAUCCUGGAUAA